AUGCCAGAUUAUGGAGCGUCGUCGCGAUGUCUUUGGAAUGUCCACAAUGUGUGGAGAACACUUCGUAUCAAGGUGUUUGUCGCUCUGACAUGCAAGGAGAACUGGAUCCAUGCAUGGGAAAUCUAUGGGCCAGACGAUAAGCUGUUAUCUGUACCUGUGCAUGCCUGUAUUCAUCCUGUUAUGAGGGCACCAUGUUGUACAAAGUCUGGACUACUCGCACUCACAUGCUUGCCAAUGGCAAUCGCCGCCCCUAACUGCCCCUUGAUGGGACCUGAGUUCCCCCCUCCACAGCGUUUGUCCCAGCACCCUAUCUGGCAAAAUGCACUAAAUAAUAUCACGGCUGUUUUAGAAUACAUGGACAACGGCAAUAUCGCCAAUACCGAUGCUUUCUCUUAUUCUAUCCAGGUGUUCUCGACCAAUCCAGGCAAACCCAUUCUUUGGGAACGACACAAAACCGCGAAGAAUUUACCAACAGAGAAUUUGGGCGUCAAAAAAGUAGAUGGUAAUACUGUGUAUCGAUUGGGCAGUGUUUCAAAGGUGAUAACUGUGCUGGCGUUUCUUGCGGAAGUGGGUGAUAGUUACUGGAAUAUCCCCGUUAGCGAUGUUAUACCCGAGCUGGCGAAGUACUCAGGGCAAUCUACUUUGCCCGGUUUUGACCGUCUCCGAAAGACGUCUUGGGACGAUGUAACGAUAGGCUCACUGGCGGCUCAAACUUCUGGUAUCGAACGCGACUAUGGGGUCUUAGGGGAGCUCACCGAAACGGAAGAUGUCCCAGAGAAGUGGUUAGGGGGGUUCCCUAUUCUUUCAGCUUCUGCGCUUCCACCUUGUGGGACAUGGCCUCUGUGUUCGAGAGCAGAAUUUUUCAAGGGUCUCGAGAACAUGUUCCCUUCAUAUUCACCCUGGCAGACGGCAACUUACUCGAAUAUUGGCUAUCAACUUUUCAGCUAUGCCCUUGAGAGCCUCACAAAGCGCAAGUUCGUUGAUAUCCUAGAUGACAAAAUCAUAAAGCCCCUGGGACUUAAACGAACAUACUACGAGAAUGCGCCUGUGUCAGUUGGAAUCAUACCGGGAACCUUAGAGGACACUUAUUGGAACGCUCAUCUAGGCGAUGCAAGCCCUGGUGGUAACAUGUAUUCAUCACCUAAUGAUCUCUCCGCAAUGGGUCGUGCCAUACUAUCAUCCAAACUCAUCAGGCCAUCUCUAACGCGUCGCUGGCUGAACCCGGUCACUUUCACGUCUGAUUUUGCAGCCGCAGUAGGCGCUCCAUGGGGAGUUCGGCGGAUACAGCUUGCAAAGGAUACACAACCCCAUCGUACUUUAAGUGUUUUCACUAAAGCAGGCAGCUUUCGUCAGUAUACAUCAUUUCUAACAUUACUACGCGACUUUCAACUUGGAUUUACAAUAAUGGUAGCUGGCAAGCCUGCUUUGAACAACUUCUUGGGUGCGGAUCUAUUAGGGGCCUCACUGAUCCCAGCCUACGACGCCGUGGCUCGUGAUGAGGCAGACAAGCUCUAUAGUGGCAUUUAUGUUGGUAGAGAAACUGCAGACACAGAUCCGGCAACAAGGUCAUGGCUGACGAUAAGCACGGAUCCAAACAAGCCUGGUCUCGGCGUCGAUAAUUGGAUUAGCAAAGGAACUGAUAUGAUCGAGAUGGCCAUUAAACUGCAGAGUGGCGUGGAUCAGAAACCUUUAAGGCCAGAAACGCGACUCUACUACACACAGCUGGAGUCCCAGACGGCGGAGGGUGGAAAAGAUCAGGCAUGGAAAGCCGUUUUCGAAGAUACCGGUGGACCAACAAGCAGGAGACAGCCGUUCUCCACUGAUUGUGGCUCGUGGGUCGGCAUAACGGGUAUCACCUACGGUUCGAUGCCCCUCGAUGAGUUCGUCUUCAAUUUUGACAGUGUCGGGAAUGUAUAA